AAACCCCCAAUAAAGAUGGAGCCGUGGAACCAGACUGUCGCAGCCGCCAAGCUCUCCUGGUCUCUGUCCAACUGCACGGUGGACACCAGCUACAGGUUCACCUUCUACCAGGUGUCCUACAGCAUCAUCUUCCUGCUGGGCCUGGUCACCAACGGCCUGGCCCUGCACCGACUCUGCCGGUCGCGCUGCACCUUCAACAGCACCUUCGUCACCUACAUGGUCAGCCUGACGGUGGCCGACCUGUGCUUCGUCCUCUCUCUGCCUCUGAGGAUCUUCUUCUACUACAAAAAGGCCCAGGCGCUGUCCAGCCCGGGGGACCAGUCCACCUGGACCACCGGGGUGGUCUACUGUCACCUGACCUUCAUCCUCAAAUACAUCAGCCUCUACGGCGGCAUCUUCUUCCUGGUGGGCAUCGCCGUGGACCGCUACUUCGCCGUGGUCCACCCGCUGGCACCGAUGCUGCGCAGGCUGCGCGCGGCACAGCUGGUCAGCGCAGCGAUCUGGUGCCUGGUGCUGGGCCUCAGCGUGGGUUUGCCUCUGCUCAGAUCGGCCGCCGCUCACGGACAGCACCCGUGCCUGCUGGACCCGUCCUCGCUGCAGGACAGGACGGUCAUCGUGGCGGCCCUGGCGGUGGUCCAAGCGUCCUUUGUGGUUCCCACUCUGCUCCUGCUCUACUGUUACUGCAGGGUUCUGAGCGUCCUGCGGCAGCCGAGGCACCACCAGCGCAGCCGGCUGCGCAGUCGCAGGCACACGCUCACGCUCAUCUACUGGGUGCUGGGCGUCUUCCUGUUCUGUUUCCUUCCGUAUCACGUCAACCUGCUGGGAUACACCCUCACCCACGUGGGCGUGCUGACCCACUGUGGUCUCACCAAGGUGACCCGGGCCGCUCACCCCGUGGUCCUGUCACUGGCCAGCUCCAACUGCUGCCUCAACCCACUCGUUUACUUCUUCUCCAGCAGCCUGGCCCAGAGGGAGGCGCCGGGUACUGGCUGUGGGUCUGGUACUGGUACUGGUGGUGGUGGUGGUGUUGGCAGCACCAGUCGGUGACGGGUGAGUGAGACAGCGGUUCCAGCUCAGCUGGGAUGUUGGACUGGACCAGGGUCGAGGUGACGUGACCUCAGCAGACGUUUCACAUCAAACCUUUCGACACCAUCACGGCUCAGAACCAAUCAUAUACCUCACAGUGAGUCUGUUACAUCCAACCAAUCAGGAGAGACGCCUAUGAAUGUGACAUCAUCAUAAACCAACCGGCAACAGAUGGA